UGUUGAAGAAAAUGAGUUUUGCUGAAAAUGUAUUUUUUUUUUAGAAUUUGCAAGUUUUCGCAACAAAGAAAAUGAAGAAAUCUCGAGAUUUGAGCUUCGCAACUUCUGUUAUUUUCUUUUAAAUAUAAGAAUAAUUAACUCUGUUAUUUGUUGUUUCACUGAGAAACUUAACCUUUUUUUUUUUCUUUCUAUUUACAUAGUUAACUGAAUUUCAAACUCGUGACACUUUGGUUUGAAUUGUGCACUCUUGGACACACUAACUGGAAUAUGUGAAAAUCCAUGUAAUUUUAAGGUUGACUGUAGUUUGAAAGAUGAAAAAUAUGAAGGUUGACUGUAAUUUGGCUGUUUGAAGGAAAUGGUUUUAUGUGUAGAAAUGUUGAGACAUGACAAUGGAAGAAGUCUGAUCAUUAUAUCUGAAGGUUUGUUAAUUUGGGAAUUCUGUGGCAAGCAGUGUCAUGACGUCCUCGCUUCAUUAUCAUUCAGAUGGUAGUGAGAGUGAACAGCCAGAGAAUCAUAGCGAGUCUUCAUCCCCUGCAACUGGAAUGUCUGUCCCUGGCACCGUAGCACCAAAUAUGCACUAUGUGAUGCCCACUCAACUUGGCAAUGGAAAUGAUAUGUUGCAGGCUCAAACAGCUUAUCCUUAUUCAGACCCGUACUACCGGAGCAUCUUUGCACCGUACGAUGCACAGCCUUAUCCUACACAACCUUAUCCAGCACAACCAAUGGUUCACGUUCAGCUAAUGGGAAUUCAGCAAGCUGGUGUUCCUUUGCCAUCAGACACAAUAGACGAACCUGUUUUUGUCAAUGCAAAACAGUAUCAUGGCAUCUUGAGGCGUCGACAAUCUCGUGCGAAAGCUGAGUCAGAAAGGAAACUUCUGAAAGCUAGGAAGCCCUACUUGCAUGAAUCACGUCAUUUGCAUGCAUUGAAAAGAGCAAGAGGAUGUGGGGGUCGUUUCCUGACAGCAAAUAAAACUGAUAAACAGCAGAAACCGGAUGAAUCUGGUGAUAAAUCACAGGUCAACAUUAAUCACGAGUCUGGAAAAGAUGAGGUUGCUUCUUCAGAGAAUGCCUCUUGAUUUUUUGCAACAAAGCAAUAUCAAGGACUUUGUGGACCAUAGAAACAGCAUGCUUUCGUCAAAGUGGAACUGUGGUAGCUGGGGAAAAUCCGGGUGAUAAUGGUGUUCUGUAUGUUUAUCUCAGUGUAGAAAGAUCAGAAUAGGCAACUUGUUUGAUAGUUACAAAGUGGUCGCUGGACGUAUAUUCUUAAAAUAUUGUCUUUCUGAGCUUCGUUUGUAGACAUUCUUUGUUGUCCUUUUGUAAUUACUUUGUGAUUAAUUCAACUGUAGCUUAUAUCGAGUCAGAAAUUAGAGUUACUCAUAAUGUUUGACAUUGUGCUUGUUAGUUUAGGAAGAUAAGCUUGUAAUGCUGCUAGUUGAUGGAUCUUAUUUUUUUUAGGUCAAUGCAUGCUGUGUCAAUAUACCUGUUAUAAGGAAGGUCCACUGUGAUUUUUGGUUCUUA